GCUCUAUCUCCAACGCAACAUUUUUCAGUACCACUUGCUCACAAUGUUCGCGGCUUCGAGGACAACAGCUUGUCGAGUACGCGUUGCGCCCUCGGGUACGGUGCCGUUCGGCCCGCGUUGCGUCGCAAGUAGACCGAUAUCUCUGAGAUAUCAGUCGACGAAUACUGGGAGACCAUCGUCUGCAAUGGGCACAAGUGUCGCUGCAGGUGUAGCGGGCGGCGGAGUGGUCCUACUCGGAGUUUACGCCUGGUACCACUUCUCCGGUAUCAAGACUGCCGUCGACGCGACUAAGGCAGCCCGGGCUUACUACCAGCAGACCAAACGCACCAUCGCCGAGAAGGCACCCAAGAAUCCGAACGAGAUUAUCCAGUUCCUGAGGCAGACCACUAAGUCCUACACGGGCAUCAUCCCGGGAGCAUCCUCCUACGUCGACUCUACCUUUGAUGCGCUUGAUGAACUGCACGAGACACACGGCCCAGAGGUCAACCGCAUCCUUCAGCAGGGUUAUGACGAGAUCAAGUCCAUUCUGAGGGAAAAGAAUGCGGGCAUGAACCCUGAGACGAGCAUGAAAGUCAUGUCGGUACUGAGCCAGCGCAUUGGCGAGCUCGAGGAGUUGGGCAAGAAGGCCGGGCAGGACACCUUCAAGGCGCUUAGCGACCGGUAUCCGGAGGUGGGGGAAAAGUUAGGCGGCGGGUACGAGGAACUUCGUCGCAUGGCUGAGCAGAGCGGACCAGGAGCGAAGAAGAUUAUGGAUGACACUACCCGACAGGUCAUGGAGAUGUUCUCCAAGGGCUUCAAUCCUGAUAGACUGAACGAAGCUCGCGAGCUCCUGCAAUCCAAGACCGAUGAGAUUCGCAAGCUUGCCAAAUCCUCCGGACAGGAUGCAUGGAACAAGGCCGUGCAAGAAGCUUCGCCAUUCCUCGACAAGCUGCCCGAGAUCAGGAAGUUACUAGAGAACAAUGCGAAUGAGUUCGCUGCAGCCGGGGUAGCGCAAGGCAAUGCAGCUCAGGAAGUCUUUGCAAGAGUGAAGGAAGCAGCCGAGGGUGACGUACUGAAGAGCAAGGAGAAGAUGAAGGAGCUGCAGGAAUUCGUGUUGAAGAAAGCUCAGGAGGCGCAGGAACUAUGGAGCAUGGAUCGAGGUUGGAACGGGAUGCAGGAUUGGUUGACGGCAAUUUCAGGCGGCGAGGAGAUCCUGCAGAAGACGCCAGAUAUAGGCGCGUUUACGCAGUUGGCACAUCAACGCGGCGAGGAUGCGCGCAAGCUGACCAAAGAGACGUAUGAUGAUAUCGUGAAGGUGCUGGAGGAGAAAGGCAGGAAAGCAAAGCAGCUCGCAGAGAGGACGCGGCAGGAGACGAAACAGAAGCCGUCAUGAGGUCGGCGUCUAUGUGAGUCGGCAACCACAGCAAUUGGGUAAUCUGGGUCGGUUUGGAUUGUAUUAGCAGGGCGCUGAAAGGAAGGCAUAUCCUUGACAUAG